UGUGCUUCAACUACACACAUUAAAAAAUACGAGGGAUGAUAUACAACUAUGCGUUUUCUGAAAAAUGCCUCUGCUACGCGCCUGAAGAUGUUCAAUGUAUGAGGGCUAUAUAUAGAAUUAAGUUCGAAUCAUUUACAAUAUUUUUAAAGCGAAUAUUAAGAGUAAGGACGUAUUAUACUUCCGCGAAAUAUGAUCUGUUCUAUCCACCACAUCCGCAACAGGUUUUGCGUGACAUACAUUUAAACCUCCGAAACUUAUAUAUGAAAAAAAUCAAGUUUUUUUUUUUAAUUUUACAGGAUUGUUUCAAGGAAAUGUUGAUGUUAUUCUUUAACAGCCCGUCAAGAAAUAAUUUUAAAACAUUUUGGUGUCCAAAUGACUGAAAUUUAUAAUGAAUCAUCUCUGUUAAAAUCGUUUUAGACGAUAAAUUCAAAACUGAUCAAGAUAGUUUGAAUUUUUUAAUGAUGUAGAACAUAAUUGUCACGUGUCUUAAAGCUUUGUUACUGAAAAGCUGGACCAGACAGUAGUUUUAUAAUUCAAUUGUUACAUUCACACAUCCGUUGUACUGGUUUAUUACAAGUGGUGAAUAAAAUAUUUAUAUAUUUAUAUUUAAUGAGGAUGGAGGAUAUAUAACUUGAAGGGAAAAGGUGUUGAGUUUUCGUAGCCAUGCUAAGAGGAUACGGACUUUAUAUUCUGAGACUACGACUAAGGUCUAUGAAGUUGGGGAUUCUGUGUUUAGUUACUACAGCUUCGGUUUUAACUCUAACAGUAUGGAUUAGAAAGGAUGUGUGGACAAACGUUCGAAGCUUGAAACUCUCUGUUGGAUGGUCCAACUUUACGGGUGUCAUUUUAUUGACAUAUAUGAGAAGUGGCUCGUCUUUGACUGGCGACAUUCUGCAGCAGAACAGCAAUGUAUUCUAUGUGUAUGAACCUCUCAGAAUACUUCGAGAUCUCAUCAAGCACAAAAAACCGAUACAAUGGCUGAACGGAACUGUCAGCACUAUAGCAACGCUGAAUACUACAGAUGUAAAGCGACAAUCUCUUAUUGGAUGGUUAUGUCCUGUUUUGAUUGGAGAGCAUCAUGGCAAAAUUAUUCAAACAACAUCAAUACAAAUAAGUAAACUAAAUACAAAUAUAUACACAAAGAGCAUUAACAUGACAAGAAUCAAACAAGUACAACUUAGUUUCAAAGAUAAGAAAAGCGAGAAUAUUACCAGCCGAUAUUAA